AUCGCGUCCAUUCACAGACCAAAGAAUAACCUGACCAUGGCAGCUUACACUAUCAUCAAUACCUGGUCGACGCGCAACCAGUAUGACUGGUAGGCGCGGUAAGAAACGUUCUCUGCCAGAAGAUUCCGGACUACCGAGAGGUCGUCCUCCGAAGAAACGCGCCACAGGCCAAGGCAAAGCACCAGAACAGCAGUCUACACAAGAAAGCGUGGACUCUCAGCAAGAGUAUAGAGCACGAUCGAUUAUCGCUGAGAAAGGGAACAAGUACCAAAUUGAUUGGGAACCCGAUUCACAGACUGGCCAGCAGUACCAACCUACGUGGGAACCAAAGGCAAACGCGAACGAUCUAUUGAUUGCGGACUGGGAGAGGCAGAAGGCUGCGAGAAAAGCAAAAGAAUUGACCUUAGUCGGUUCCAGCAACUCCAGCGCACCCGCGCUACCACCAAAGAAGAGGGGCCGCACGCGCAAAAUUGUCGAGAGCUCACCGCCUCGUUCUACAGCGCAAGACAUUGCUACUGCGAGUCAGAUUCAGCUCAGUCGAGAGUUUGCUGCAGCCAUCGAUUCUGGAGCGCAGACCACUGACGCGGAACCUGAGAUCGCACCAUCGCAGCAGACUGAAGGCGGCGCUGAACAAGUCGCGCCACGGGCAAAGGCAUUCGUCGAACCCUCAAGUCCACCUUCAAGUUACCGGGCUGGACAGUAUCAGAAGUUCUCUUCUUCUCCACCUACGACCAGGGACGAACCGGAACCGUCGCAGUCGCAGUCGCAGCAUCAGGAUCCAUCUCUUGAGGUCGCUGAAAGCAGUGCGUUGAAAGACACUGCUCAGCAUCCGCCUGCACAGUCCACUCAGAGGAGCAAUAACGACACAAGUCUGGUCAUCCCGGACUCGCAGAGUCAAGAGCAACUACUCGAAGAGUCUACCUUCAGAGGAUUUUCACCUACUCAGACGCAGCGACCUGUGCCUACACAGGACUCUAACAUUGGUGAACAGUCUGCGCAAGCGACCAAGAAAGUCAUCAAUCAAGCUGCGUGUGCUUCAGAGGCGCAAGAGACAGAGCCCGUAUCUUCGCAGCAUACUAGCCAGGACGCAGCGCCUGGCUUGGAAUCGCAAUCUCAACGACUGCAGUCAGGAGCAGAUUUUCCUGUCGCAACAUCUCCCAAGCACGAUCAGGUUGCAGAGGAAGCUUCCGGGCAAGAGUCGCACCCACAUCAGGCACAUUUACAUUCAGGCCGACGCACAUCAUCGAUUGAGCAGGCCAGUCACCAAUCAGCUGCUGAUUCACUCGCCGAGCCACAAGCACAGUCUGGUGCAUCAGAGCGGCCUCAAACUCAAGGCCAAAGGCAUACGCAAGAUUCUCGACAUCGAAAGGAGCUCAACGGCACCGCUCCGUCUGAAGCUGAUCCGAAGCCUUCCUCAAUCGGAACAACAUUUGGCCAGUUGAGCAGCAACAGCGAAGCAAGAUCUGAACCUGUAGAGCCUUCACAGGUUAGCAGCGCAGGCGCAAACCAGGUCAUUGUCAUCUCAAGCGCUGAAAAUACAAGCGGUCAAUCUUCGCUGAAUUUUGAUUCGUCAGUUCGUCCAGCAGACUUCGAGCCACCUCCAGCUGCCCAGCGUCCACCUCUAUCUUCGCCUGCAAAGGACGACAACAACCCUAUACACGCCUCUGGUGACUCGCAAGCAGAAAGCCAUCCUCCAUUCACUCAGCAACAAAAUCACGGCACUUCCCAGCUCGAAACGCCUGCAGGUCUUACUCAGAGCCAGCCACAAGUACGGACUAGGCACAUUCACUACUACGGCACAUCACAGUCAAGUCCUGGAUUUUUGACGCAGAUACCGCCGCACAGUCCGCCAAAGAAGUUUGAGUCGGCCAACGCAGACUUUAGUCCAGCAAGAGCGCGAUCUGUCACGGAGAGCCCAGUCAGAGCCCGGUUCAUCACCGCGAGUCCAGCGAGGUCACCUAGUGUCGUCUCUUCGCGCCAAGCUGAUUCGACACCAUUUCCAUCUCUUCCAUCGCAUCCUCUUGGGCCGGUUGGCGAGAGCGCUCCACAACCUAUAGUGACAUCUUCCGACAUGGACGGCUGUCCAAUAGCAAAGCGAGAGACUCUCGCAGAGAAGAUGAAACGGACGCGAGAAGCACGAGCUGCCUUACGCCAGUCCACCACUCCUGCUCCUAGCGCGAAUGGCUCUGUGAUAAGCAACGGCCAGCCAGUAUCCGCACUGCCUCCGAAUGUCGUCGCUCGCUUGGGCUCCCCUCUGCUCUCUGCACACGAAAGAUCGCCUUCGACGAUACCGGCUGUAGAAGCAGUCGCACCGAUUACUCGGGAAGAGAUGACGACCUCCGAGAGAUAUGACACGCUGUUACCAAAGGCUCAGAAUGAGACUGUAAGCCAUGUCAACAGCACUCUUGGAGCAAGCACUGCUUCAGAGACGCAGGCUGUCGCAGAUCCGGAGACAGCAGGGAUUCACCUGGUGCCUGUGGGUCCGUCGCCUCAGCAGCGAGACCAGUACCAGAACAACAUCUACUUCGAUCGCGAGCUUACUGCUAAGGUACUCGCAAAAGAAAGCCUGGAUCAUGAGCUUCUGGAUCGUGCAAACGCCUUUUUGCAGCGCUUGAGAAACACCGCUACGCACCCGGACCUGAUUAACCCUGAGACUCUAUCUCAGAAGGCUGAGAACGAAGUCCAAGCUAGAUGGGAUAUUUCUUGCAGUGCAAAGUUUGGGUUUCUAAACGAGUUCAUUGCCAAUCUCUCAGACCGGAACCUUCACAUUGCGGUUGUAGCACAUGGAGACAGGAUUCCGAAGAUGCUUCAAAACUUCUUGCAAGGCAUCAAAGUGCCCUGCAAGCGAUGGGCGCAUCCUACAGAAGAGGAUCCUGAUGUUGGUCCGGCCAAUCUUGGUCUUAAGGUCUCCAUCGUAGAUCUGGACUCGCAAAUCGCCCAGCAGGUCCUGCAGCCAGCCGAUGUAGUCAUUGCGAUGGAUCCUCUGGUUGACCACCAGCAUCCUUUGGUUCGUGCAGCACGUAAGCGAACCUCAGUCGGCGACGACAAUGCCAAGUGGGUGAUGCUACUGGUUCUGGUUAUGCCACGCACCAUCGAACACUUGGAGAAAUGCCUGCAAGCAGAUAUGUCGCCUGCCGCUCGGACGAAACUGCUUGUAAAAGCGACGCACGAAAUGAGAAAGGAAGCAGGGAGACUCGAGAGCACCCAGGCGUCAGUCAGAGAUGCUGCAUCUGCUAUCGCUGAGUAUAUGGAGGAUACUACAGGUGCGGCAGAGUGGCCGAUCGCAGGUCUCAGUCAACUCGAGGAACUGGAGAGUCAGACGGAAAGUGACAUCCAGCCCGAGUCUCAUGGUGUGAAGAGAGCUCUCGAGCAGAUGGAUGUUGACGACGACACUGCAGCAAAGAAACAACGUCAGACUCCUGCACCACUGGAAGGGACGAUCAAUCCUUUCGACCUUGACAUCACUCACGUCAGUGACUCCCUUGAAAAAGGCACACAAGGACAGGCAGAUCCCGACUUCGCUAGUCAGACUGCGACCGAGCAAAAGCUGCGUCAGCUUCUGCAAGACAUGCAAGAGCGCCUCGAUGAACACGUCAAAGCCCUUAGCGAACUGCAAUACAGACACGAGGACCAACGCAAGGAGCUGGUGGAAGUCAAAAAGGAACGCGACAGCGCGAUCACAACUGCAGAAAGGGCCGUCGCUCGGAUGACCAGCGUUGAGGCAGACAACACUGCCCUACGCACCGAACGAACAGAGUUGAAAGAGGCACUCGGGGCAGCUCGGCAACAGCUUCUCAGUCAUACUGUACCUGAGGUUCGUGAGCUUCAAGAACUACGUAUGCAAGCUCAACAGUCCAAACUCGAAGAAGAAAAGGCUGUGAAGAGAGCUGCAGCUACAGAGAAAGAUCUCGAAUGGACGAGGUCUAUGUACCAAGAUGCCUCCAAUCGGGUCCGCGAGCUAGCACAGAACAACAACGAACUGGAAACCCGUCUCGCGGAGGCCACCGUCAUCGCACAAGGCGAACAAGCCCGUGCUCGACAGGCUUCUUCCCAAGGCCACAACAAGAUUCUUGAGCAGGAGAACAAGAAACUCCGCAUGAUGGUAGACAACAUGAAAUCGGGGAUGAAGAAUAAGGAUGAGCAGAUUGCGCAGUUGAAGGAGGGGAGGGGGAGAAUGGGUACUCGGCAGAGUUCUGUGCCGAGAAGCCCAAGAAUGGGGAGCCCGAUGAAGGGGAGGAUGAGUCGACAGGGGAGUCCUGCGGCUUCUGAUACGAGGGGUAGAGGUGCGCAUUUGCAUCCUUUGAGAAAUAGUGCGGGUGGCUAGAAGAUGGGAUAGAUCUUGUAGAGGUAGAGAGGAAGAUAGUGGAAUGAGAGAUGAUGUUGUUAUGAUGUUGAUUUUGGAACUAUCAAGAACUUUUGUGGUGAGAAGCUUCAGAGCUACUCGAAUUGCCCAGGUGCUCGGUGGUGAGUGCAUGGCGUUGUGCUGAAACCCGCAACUCAUGCGAAGCAUUCAGUCGCUGCUCCUCCAAGAUUCGCUUUCUUCGAGGCUCAGGUGUUGACCUCGGACUCCUGCUUCUGCUGAUACACGUACAUGUAGGGAGUCUCGCUGGCCUUCGGGCUGACCCUGGUCGAAAAGAUGCAGUGCGGAUCUGACUACAAGU